AUGACUUCUCCUAUGAUCUGGCUCUACUUCCUCCAGCUACUGCAACUCGUCUCCUGCGUCCCCAUCAUCUCGUUUCCGUUCAACGCACAACUGCCGCCCGUGGCGAGAAUCGGACGCCUAUAUUCAUAUUCCUUCUCCACGUACACAUUUCAGUCCGACACGAAUAUCACUUAUCAACUACGAAACGGUCCCAAGUGGCUUUCGCUAGAUGGAAAGGACCGCAGACUCUUUGGACUACCAACCGAUAAAGAUGUGCCUCCUACCCAAGGAAAUGUGGCUGGGCAGACGUUCCAGAUCAUCGCAACGGAUGCGACUGGAUCGAGGGCCAUGGAUGGGACUAUCGUGGUAUCAAGAGAAGCUGGGCCUGAGAUCAAGAUCCCCGUAUCUGAGCAAAUCAAGCGAUUCGGCUCCUACUCUGCGCCAUCCUCGAUCCUCUCUUACCCUUCUGCGGACUUUUCAUUCUCCUUCGACACGAACACUUUCGCACAUCCAUCUAACGGCAUCAACUAUUAUGCGUCUUCGGGAAACAGCAGCCCUUUGCCUGCUUGGGUGAAGUUCGAUGCGAGUACUCUGAGCUUCUCGGGACGCACGCCGACUUCCGAGGCGCUCUAUCAGCCUCCGCAGAAAUUCGACAUACGGCUUAUUGCAUCUGACGUUGCUGGGUUUUCAUCGACCUCCAUUGAUUUUGCUAUUGUUGUAGGCAGCCACAAGCUCACGGCCGAGUCUCCCGUCAUCACACUCAAUGCAAGUCGAGGGACUUCGUUCAAGUAUGGCGGGUUGGCCAAUUCUAUCAAGCUUGACGGGAAGCCAGCGUCGUCAAAGGAUCUCUCCACGACCGUGGCAGCACUACCGGGCUGGUUGAAGUUCGACACAGAGACCUGGGUCAUUGAGGGCAUGCCCCAGAAGGGCGAUCGUUCAACCAACUUCACAGUCAAGUUCACGGAUCCCUUCUCGGAUACGCUCGAGGUGCUUGUCAUGGCGAAUGUGGCCACCGGGCUGUUCGAGAAGACGCUGGAUUCAAUCGAGGCCACGCCCGGGGAGCACUUCAGCCUGGAUGUCGGUCCUUAUCUCAGGGAUCCCAAGGACAUCGAGCUGAAGAUUGUCACCAAGCCUGGCCAGGAUUGGCUAAAGCUGGACGGGCUGGAAAUCACCGGCGACGUGCCGAGUUCGGCAGUGGACAAUCUGGAUAUUCGCAUCGAGGCUACGUCACGCAGCUCCAACGUGAUGGAAUCGGAACUGUUCCAACUGAGUUUCCGGCCGGUUGACGGGAGUACCAAGACACUUCCCUCUGCUACUUCGACCGCCUCCCCUACGGAGAGCCCGGAAAAAACAGGCCAUGAUACUGAUGAAGAUGACGACGAGUCGAAUGACCAUGGUCUUGCGACAAGCACGCUUCUCUUAGCAACCAUCCUCCCGAUCUUAGCCGUUUCUUUUAUUGUCAUGCUGCUCGUGUACCUGAUGAAGAGGCGUCGGAUGAGGAAGUCCAAAGUAUUCCGCAAGGAUUUCCGCGACAAAAUUUCGAAACCGAUUGCUGGAAGUCUUCGGAUUACCGGGUCAGGGGAAAACGAGGAGGCAUUCAGGAACGUUGCGGCUUCGAACAACCAAGCAUCACAAGCGGAGAAGGGUGUCAUGAGACACGAUGGCUCUCGAGUAUCGUCUCGCUCAUCACGCACCCUAGGUAGCAUUUCUUCCAGCCGAGGGUUAGGGUCUCACAACACAGGAUACGCGCCCCUCCGUGAUGGCAGUUCCGACGACGAUCGACGAUCGUGGUUCACUGUCGAGAGAGUAGCAACAGGUAGACGAAGCCAGGGAUCUCACUCAGAUACCACGGGGCCCAGGUCAACUCACCAGCUACUCCCUACGCCGCCCUUCCUUUCAUAUGCAGGCGAAGGUGCCUUCCAUAAUGGUCUGGAGUUUUCGAUCCCUUCGCUCAGCGAGCUUCCAAACUUGCAGCUGGACCCGGAGUUGGUCAGCAAUCAUCCAGAAAAGCCGCGCUCAGCGGCACUGUACUCUACUAUCACAUCUAGCUCAGCUGCGCUGCCGUCUUCACGCCUCAACAGCCCUGAAGUCGGAUCGGGCUUUGCUGCUACUAUACCUUCUCCUGCAAUUACUCCCGCUCCCACAUCCGUUCCCAGUAUUCCUCCUACUGCCGUUAAUUCUGCUUCUCCUCCUCCUCCUGUUCCCGCUCGUUCUCGCGCUCGAACGUUGUCGUCAGGGGGUUCGGUGAGAAGAAACUACAGACAGUCCCGUACAUCGUCAGAUAGGGACUGGACAACCAUUGCUGAUAGCGACGCCGGCGGGAUUCCAGAUCUGCCGCCGCCAAUGCCCAGUCACCAAUGGGCCAGCCGCCACGGUACGGAUAUGAGCCUGCCACGUCCCGAGUCAUCCAAGAGGGCCAAGAGCUUUAUAACGGAACCAUCUUUCGGGUCUACCGAGAACUGGAGGGUCAUUGGGCGGUACGACCGAAAUGCACCACCUCAACUUCCUCCACCCGUCCAAGGGCUUGGGCACAGACGCUCGUCUCCGAGUCUGAGCACCUCAGUUACGGGGGCAGCCAAGCUUGUAGACCCGGCCACCGCAGCCAUUCCAAUCCCACCAGAGCCUCGAUCACGUCCGGUAAGCUCAAGGCCCGUCUCUAGAAGCAGGUACUCAAAGUUGAAUGAGGACGAAGAAAAGGCCAAGGAAGUCCCGGCGUCAACCUCUGCCGCGGGUUGGAGGAGGGAGGAUUCGGAGAAAGCAUCCAGGGGGAGUUUCGCAGCGUUCAUUUGA